AUGAAGCUUUCCACUAUAUCCUCUGUGAUUAUUGCAGUGCCUUAUGUGACGGCAUACGUUGCACAGUACCGCCUCGCACCCAACGCUCUGACAUUUGACGGGAAACACCAGAGCAACAGCCCUCGUUGUGAUCUAUCGCCGCUGGUUGAUCCAUCGCGCGAUGGCAUGGCAAAUUCUCACCAGAUCUUCUCUUGGGAUAAGUCUAUCGAGACAAUGGUCGAUCGUCUCCAGUCGAUUGUACGACUUCCCACAGUCUGCUAUGAUGACAUAAGAGGUUUCGACGAGGAUGAAAGAUGGACGCCAUUUACCAGAUUCGCUGACAUUCUAAAUGAUUCUUAUCCAUACAUACACAAGUACACAACUCCUGAUGUCAUCAACGAAUACGGCCUUGUGUACACCUUUCAAGGGUCCGACAAUGACCUGCAACCUAUCCUCUUAACAGCUCACCAAGAUGUUGUCCCAGUAAACGAAGAUACAUUUCAUGAUUGGGACCAUCCACCCUUCGACGGCUACUACGACCAACGGAACGGAUACAUAUAUGGUCGUGGUACUGCAGAUGACAAAUCUGCCAUCACAGGCCUCAUGUCCGCUCUUGAAGCUCUUCUGUCACAAGAUGACUACAACUCACGGCGCACUGUUAUACUGGCAUUUGGCUUCGAUCACGAGUGUUCUGGCAAUCAUGGUGCCGGCGAAAUAGCCAAAUUCCUAGAGCAAAAAUAUGGAGAGGAUGGAAUCGCCGUCAUACUCGACAAGGGCGGUGCAGAACUGCAGCAAAUUGACAGUGUCCUAUACGCUCUGCCUGCAGUUUAUGAAAAAGGUUACAUGGACAUUUGGUUCAAUCUGACUGUUCCUGGAGGCGAUAGCUUUACUCCACCACCCCAUACUGCAAUCAGCAUUAUGUCUGAGAUAGUUACGAAUCUGGAGCAGAGCCAAUUUGACCCAAAGGUUGAGUGGAACGGCCCUUUCCUGGCAAAACUUUCGCCCGAGACUCAGUAUCUUGUUCAGACAUCCCAAUCCGUCGAUCUCGUCACUGGUGGAAAAAGAGUGGACGCUUUACUCGAGCAUGUCUCAUUGGGUGUCAGCCAUGGGCUGGCGCCGCAGGAUAAGGCGGGAAGUAUCGAGCACGGAGUCGUUCAAUUGGUCCAAAGUAUUGUCAACAAGUACAAUCUCCGCUUUGAACCCUUUGAAGAUGAUAACGACUACGAUGAUUACCUUUUGACCGAGGGAUUGGCCCGAGAAGCGCGCAAACAGGGGUCUAGCAGCGGUACGUUGAACGUGGAAGCCAUGAGGAAAUAUUUCCCGGCGGCACCAGCGCCUACCAGUGGUCGUGUCUGGGAUAUAUUUGCUGGGACGGUAGGAUAUACAUGGGGCAGAGAGUCCCCAUAUGUGGUGCCGGCUCCCGGUGCUAUGACAGGCAAUACAGAUUCUCUUCACUACCAGAGAUUAUGCAAGAAUAUCUACAGAUGGAACACAGGUACUCGAAAGUCAAUUGCUCAUGUUUAUAACGUUAAUGAACGGAUCGCGAUGGGGGUUCAACUCAUCAUGGCGAAGUUCUACUAUGACUUUAUUCGCAAUUUUGAUCAAGCAGAUAUCUAA